AAUACUUAAUGCGCCGCCCAUGUGAUGGAUUGUGUGUAAUGAGAUCAUUAUGAGAAUAACUCAUCAUUCCUGCUCAGUUUUCAGUUUCAGUUGUUCAACACAUCACAUCGUCUGAAUCCUACAGAAGAAUGCCGGAAUUCAAAGUACAUUAUUUUGAUUUCACUGGUAGAGCUGAACCCAUCAGAAUGAUUCUGAGCUACGGACGAAUCAAAUUUGAAGAUGUUCGUAUUGACAAAGAAGAUUUCGUCAAGUUGAAACCAACGCUGCCAUUAGGACAACUUCCACUGUUGGAAAUUGAUGGAGAGAAGAUACCACAGAGUCUUGCAAUUUGUAGAUACUUGGCGACUCUGGUCAAGUUGAAUGGAGAUGAUGCAAAAGAAAAUUUGAGAAUUGACGUUACUGUUGAUACAUUGAUCGAUUUACAGAAAAAACUACGUGAAUUUGUAAACGAAAAAGAUGAAGAAAAAAAGAAAACUAUGGAGCAAGUAGUAGUGAAUGAGACUGUACCAUUCUUCUUGAAACGAUUCAAUGGGAGAGCUGGUGAUAAUGGAGGUUACAUUGCUAUCAAAAGGAUAUCAUGGGCUGACAUUUUCUUCAUCUGUGUGUACGAAGGAAUGACAAAUCUGCUGAAGAAAGAUAUGCUGGCUGACUAUCCCAAUCUUGUCAAAGUCAAAAACAACAUUUUGACAGUACCAACCUUGAGAGAAUGGAUCAAGAGUAGGCCCGAAAACAAGAUGUUCACAUUUGAUUUGAAAAACGAAUUGUGAUUUGUUUUGAUAUCGAUGACAAUUAACAUUAAAUAUACAUUUUAUGUCAA